AACGCCCGGUACAGUGCCCUGCACACAGUAGGCGCUCAAUAAAUGUUCGUGGAUGAUGAUGAUGAUGAUGAUGAAAAAAAUGCAGCAUCAACGGCAGCAUCAAGCGGACCACGCGAACGAGGUAAACUAUGCAAGAGGCACCAGACUCCCUCUUUCUGGUGAAGGACCAACUUCUCAACCGAAUAGCUCCAAGCAAACUGUCCUGUCUUGGCAAGCUGCAAUCGAUGCUGCUAGACAGGCCAAGGCUGCCCAGACUAUGAGUACCUCCGCACCCCCACCUGUAGGAUCUCUCUCCCAAAGAAAACGUCAGCAAUACGCCAAGAGCAAAAAACAGGGUAACUCGUCUAACAGCCGACCUGCCCGCGCCCUUUUCUGUUUAUCACUGAAUAACCCCAUCCGAAGAGCCUGCAUUAGUAUAGUGGAAUGGAAACCAUUUGACAUAUUUAUAUUAUUGGCUAUUUUUGCCAAUUGUGUGGCCUUAGCUAUAUACAUCCCAUUCCCUGAAGAUGAUUCUAAUUCAACAAAUCAUAACUUGGAAAAAGUAGAAUAUGCCUUCCUGAUUAUUUUUACAGUCGAGACAUUUUUGAAGAUUAUAGCGUAUGGAUUGUUGCUGCAUCCUAAUGCUUAUGUCAGGAAUGGAUGGAAUUUGCUGGAUUUUGUUAUAGUGAUUGUAGGAUUGUUUAGUGUAAUUUUGGAACAAUUAACCAAAGAAACAGAAGGCGGAAACCACUCCAGUGGCAAAUCAGGAGGCUUUGAUGUCAAAGCGCUCCGUGCCUUUCGAGUGUUACGACCACUUCGACUAGUAUCAGGAGUGCCCAGUUUACAAGUUGUUCUGAACUCCAUUAUAAAAGCCAUGGUUCCCCUCCUUCACAUAGCCCUUUUGGUAUUAUUUGUAAUCAUAAUCUAUGCUAUUAUAGGAUUGGAACUUUUUAUUGGAAAAAUGCACAAAACAUGUUUUUUUGCUGACUCAGAUAUUGUAGCUGAAGAGGACCCAGCUCCAUGUGCGUUCUCAGGGAAUGGACGCCAGUGUACUGCCAAUGGCACAGAAUGUAGGAGUGGCUGGGCUGGCCCAAAUGGAGGCAUCACCAACUUUGAUAACUUUGCCUUUGCCAUGCUCACUGUGUUUCAGUGCAUCACCAUGGAGGGCUGGACAGAUGUGCUCUACUGGGUAAAUGAUGCGAUAGGAUGGGAAUGGCCAUGGGUGUAUUUUGUUAGUCUGAUCAUCCUUGGCUCAUUUUUCGUCCUUAACCUGGUUCUUGGUGUCCUUAGUGGAGAAUUCUCCAAGGAAAGAGAGAAAGCAAAAGCCCGGGGAGAUUUCCAGAAGCUUCGAGAGAAGCAGCAACUGGAAGAGGAUCUUAAGGGCUACUUGGACUGGAUCACCCAGGCAGAGGACAUCGAUCCGGAGAAUGAGGAGGAGGGAGGAGAGGAAGGAAAAAGAAAUACUAGCAUGCCUACCAGUGAGACUGAAUCUGUGAACACCGAGAAUGUAAGUGGUGAAGGCGAGGCACAGGGCUGCUGUGGAAGUCUCUGUCAAGCCAUCUCAAAAUCUAAACUCAGCCGACGCUGGCGUCGCUGGAACCGAUUCAAUCGCAGAAGAUGUAGGGCUGCUGUGAAGUCUGUCACAUUUUACUGGCUAGUUAUUGUCCUGGUGUUUCUCAACACUUUAACCAUCUCCUCUGAGCACUACAAUCAGCCGGACUGGUUGACACAGAUUCAAGAUAUUGCUAACAAAGUCCUCUUGGCUCUGUUCACCUGUGAGAUGCUGGUGAAAAUGUACAGUCUGGGUCUCCAAGCAUAUUUUGUCUCUCUUUUCAACCGGUUUGAUUGCUUUGUGGUAUGUGGUGGGAUUACUGAGACCAUCCUGGUGGAGCUGGAGAUCAUGUCUCCACUGGGGAUCUCUGUGUUCCGGUGUGUACGCCUCUUAAGAAUCUUCAAAGUGACCAGGCACUGGACUUCCCUGAGCAACUUGGUGGCAUCCUUGUUAAACUCCAUGAAGUCCAUCGCUUCACUGUUGCUUCUGCUUUUCCUCUUCAUUAUCAUCUUUUCCUUACUUGGGAUGCAGCUAUUUGGUGGCAAGUUUAAUUUUGACGAAACGCAGACUAAGCGAAGCACCUUCGACAACUUUCCUCAAGCAUUGCUGACAGUAUUUCAGAUUCUGACAGGUGAAGACUGGAAUGCCGUGAUGUAUGAUGGCAUCAUGGCUUAUGGAGGCCCCUCCUCCUCAGGAAUGAUCGUCUGCAUCUACUUCAUCAUCCUCUUCAUUUGUGGCAACUAUAUUCUACUGAAUGUCUUCUUGGCCAUCGCUGUUGAUAAUUUGGCUGAUGCUGAAAGUUUGAAUACUGCUCAGAAGGAGGAAGCUGAAGAGAAGGAAAGAAAAAAGAUUGCCAGAAAAGAGAGUCUAGAAAAUAAAAAGAACAACAAACCAGAAGUCAACCAGGUAGCCAACAGUGACAACAAGGUUACAAUUGAUGACUAUCGAGAAGAGGAUGAAGACAAAGAUCCUUACCCACCUUGUGAUGUGCCAGUAGGUGAAGAGGAAGAGGAGGAAGAAGAGGAUGAACCCGAGGUUCCUGCUGGUCCCCGUCCUCGCAGAAUCUCAGAGUUGAACAUGAAGGAGAAAAUUGCUCCCAUCCCUGAAGGAAGCGCUUUCUUCAUUCUUAGCAAGACCAACCCGAUCCGUGUAGGCUGCCACAAGCUCAUCAACCACCAUAUCUUCACCAACCUCAUCCUCGUUUUCAUUAUGCUGAGCAGUGCCGCCCUUGCUGCCGAGGACCCCAUUCGCAGUCACUCCUUCCGGAACACUAUACUGGGUUACUUUGACUAUGCUUUCACAGCCAUCUUUACUGUUGAAAUCCUGUUAAAGAUGACAACUUUUGGAGCAUUCCUGCACAAAGGGGCAUUCUGCAGGAACUACUUCAAUUUGUUGGAUAUGCUGGUUGUUGGGGUAUCUCUGGUGUCAUUUGGGAUUCAAUCCAGUGCCAUCUCUGUUGUGAAGAUUCUGAGGGUUUUAAGGGUCCUGAGGCCUCUCAGAGCAAUCAACAGAGCCAAAGGACUUAAGCAUGUUGUUCAAUGUGUCUUCGUGGCCAUCCGGACCAUUGGCAACAUCAUGAUUGUUACCACCCUGCUCCAGUUCAUGUUUGCCUGCAUUGGGGUCCAGUUGUUCAAGGGCAAAUUCUAUCGCUGCACAGAUGAAGCCAAAAGUAACCCUGAAGAAUGCAGGGGGCUUUUCAUCCUCUACAAGGAUGGAGAUGUUGAUAGCCCUGUGGUCCGUGAGAGGAUCUGGCAAAACAGUGACUUCAACUUCGACAAUGUCCUUUCUGCCAUGAUGGCACUCUUCACAGUUUCCACGUUUGAGGGCUGGCCUGCGUUGCUGUAUAAAGCCAUCGACUCCAACGGAGAGAAUGUUGGCCCAGUCUACAACUACCGCGUGGAGAUCUCCAUCUUCUUUAUCAUCUACAUCAUCAUUGUUGCUUUCUUCAUGAUGAACAUUUUUGUGGGCUUUGUCAUCGUUACAUUUCAAGAGCAGGGAGAAAAAGAGUAUAAGAACUGUGAGCUGGAUAAAAAUCAGCGUCAGUGUGUCGAAUACGCCUUGAAAGCACGUCCCUUGAGGAGAUACAUCCCCAAAAACCCCUACCAGUACAAAUUCUGGUACGUGGUGAACUCUUCGCCUUUCGAAUACAUGAUGUUUGUCCUCAUCAUGCUCAACACACUCUGCUUGGCCAUGCAGCACUACGAGCAGUCCAAGAUGUUCAACGAUGCCAUGGACAUUCUGAACAUGGUCUUCACUGGGGUGUUCACUGUUGAGAUGGUUUUGAAAGUCAUUGCAUUUAAGCCUAAGGGGUAUUUUAGUGACGCCUGGAACACGUUUGACUCCCUCAUCGUAAUCGGCAGCAUUAUAGACGUGGCCCUCAGCGAAGCAGACAACUCUGAAGAGAGCAAUAGAAUCUCCAUCACCUUUUUCCGUCUUUUCCGAGUGAUGCGAUUGGUGAAGCUUCUCAGCAGGGGGGAAGGUAUCCGGACUCUGCUGUGGACAUUCAUUAAGUCCUUUCAGGCACUCCCAUAUGUUGCCCUCCUCAUCGCCAUGCUCUUCUUCAUAUAUGCAGUCAUCGGCAUGCAGAUGUUUGGAAAAGUUGCCAUGAGAGAUAACAACCAGAUCAAUAGGAACAACAACUUCCAGACGUUUCCCCAGGCAGUGUUGCUGCUCUUCAGGUGUGCAACAGGUGAGGCCUGGCAGGAGAUCAUGCUAGCCUGCCUCCCAGGAAAGCUCUGUGAUCCUGAGUCAGAUUACAACCCUGGAGAGGAAUACACAUGUGGGAGCAACUUUGCCAUUGUUUAUUUCAUCAGCUUUUACAUGCUCUGUGCAUUUCUGAUCAUCAAUCUGUUUGUGGCUGUCAUCAUGGACAAUUUUGAUUAUCUGACCCGGGAUUGGUCUAUUUUGGGGCCUCACCAUUUAGAUGAAUUUAAACGAAUAUGGUCAGAAUAUGAUCCUGAGGCAAAGGGAAGAAUAAAACACCUCGACGUGGUCACUUUGCUCCGACGUAUCCAGCCUCCUCUGGGAUUUGGGAAAUUGUGCCCACACAGAGUAGCAUGCAAGAGAUUGGUUGCCAUGAACAUGCCUCUCAAUAGUGAUGGGACUGUCAUGUUUAAUGCAACCUUAUUUGCUUUGGUCCGAACAGCUCUCAAGAUCAAGACUGAAGGGAACCUGGAACAAGCUAAUGAAGAACUUCGAGCGGUGAUAAAGAAAAUCUGGAAGAAAACCAGCAUGAAACUACUUGACCAAGUUGUCCCUCCAGCUGGUGAUGAUGAGGUAACCGUGGGGAAGUUCUAUGCCACUUUCCUGAUACAGGACUACUUUAGGAAAUUCAAGAAACGGAAAGAACAAGGAUUGGUGGGAAAGUACCCUGCGAAGAACACCACAAUUGCCCUACAGGCGGGAUUAAGGACAUUGCACGACAUUGGGCCAGAAAUCCGGCGUGCUAUAUCCUGUGAUUUGCAAGACGAUGAGCCAGAAGAAACAAAACGAGAAGAAGAAGAUGUAUUCAAAAGAAAUGGUGCCCUGCUUGGAAACCAUGUCAAUCAUGUUAAUAGUGAUAGGAGAGAUUCCCUUCAGCAGACCAAUACCACCCACCGUCCCCUGCAUGUCCAAAGGCCUUCAAUUCCACCUGCAAGUGAUACUGAGAAACCGCUGUUUCCUCCAGCAGGAAAUUCGGUGUGUCAUAACCAUCAUAACCAUAAUUCCAUAGGAAAGCAAGUUCCCACUUCAACAAAUGCCAAUCUCAAUAAUGCCAAUAUGUCCAAAGCUGCCCAUGGAAAACGGCCCAGCAUUGGAAAUCUUGAGCAUGUGUCUGAAAAUGGGCAUCAUUCCUCCCAUAAGCAUGAUCGGGAGUCUCAAAGAAGGUCCAGUAUUAAAAGGUCUGACUCAGGAGAUGAGCAGCUCCCAACGAUCUGCCGGGAAGACCCCGAGAUCCAUGGCUACUUCAGGGACCCCCGCUGCUUGGGGGAGCAGGAGUAUUUCAGUAGUGAGGAGUACUGUGAAGAUGACAGCUCUCCUACCUGGAGCAGGCAAAACUACAGCUACUACAACAGGUACCAGGGCAGCACCAUGGACUUUGAGAGGCCCCGAGGCUACCAUCACCCCCAAGGCUUCUUGGAUGAUGAUGACUUUCCCAUUGGCUAUGACUCACGGAGAUCUCCAAGGCGACGCCUACUACCUCCCACCCCGACAUCCCAUCGGAGAUCCUCCUUCAACUUCGAGUGCCUGCGCAGACAGAGCAGCCAGGAGGAUGUUCCGCUGUCUCCUGCGCUCCCCCACCGUGCCGCUCUGCCUCUGCACCUGAUGCAGCAGCAGAUCAUGGCAGUUGCAGGCCUUGAUUCCAGUAAAGCCCAGAAGUACUCACCAAGCCACUCAACCCGGUCAUGGGUCACCCCUCCCGCAACCCCUCCAUACCAGGACUGGACCCCGUGCUACACACCCUUGAUUCAGGUGGAUCGGUCAGAGUCACUGGACCAGGUCAAUGGCAGCCUGCCGUCCCUGCACCGCAGCUCCUGGUACACAGAUGAGCCAGACAUCUCCUAUCGGACUUUCACUCCAGCCAGCCUGACUGUCCCCAGCAGCUUCAGAAACAAAAACAGUGACAAGCAGAGGAGCGCAGACAGCUUGGUGGAGGCGGUCCUGAUAUCAGAAGGCUUGGGACGCUACGCAAGGGACCCAAAAUUUGUGUCAGCCACAAAACAUGAAAUCGCCGAUGCCUGUGACCUAACCAUCGAUGAGAUGGAGAGUGCUGCCAGCACGUUGCUCAAUGGGAAUGUGUGUCCUCGAGCCAACGGGGAUGUGGGCCCUGGCGCACAUCGGCAGGACUACGAACUCCAGGACUUUGGUCCCGGCUACAGUGAUGAGGAGCCAGAGCCCAGGCAAGAAGAGGAGGACCUGGCAGAUGAAAUGAUCUGCAUCACCACCUUGUAGCCUCACAGGAAGGGCUAGGGAAAAGUGCCUCGCGGUUAGGAAAAGUUUAGGCACUAGUUGGGAGGAAAUACUCAAUGAGCUUUCCGUACAAGGGUGAUCAUGCCUCCAGGAAGCCAUAAACCUGGUAGGAAUAGGCUUCCAGGAUCCCAGCAGAGCACACGUGUGCUCAGGCCCAGCUGCAGGAGACAGCAGGCACAGCCACCUCCAGAGGAUGAGUGAGCAAGGGCAGCCCAGCCCUGCCUGAAGGUCCAGAUGGACUUCUGAGGAGUCCACCUCCAUGUCUCCCUCCACCCAGGGCACCUGUCAGCACAGUGGGGAAGGUGAAAGGUGAUGACGAUGACCACACCUGUGUCAUUACCUCAGUCAUCAGUAUAGCAUAUCAGACACUCACCAGGCCCAGCAUAUCUAUUUUUAAAUCUCUCCCCCUGAAACACUGCUUCCUGGUUCCCGUUAAGCUAUUCUGAAAUACAAUGUGUAUUGGAACCCAGCUACCAGUGGUCAUCUCGAGGGGGAGCAGGACCUGAUAGAUAAGGUUUUCUGUUAUGUGAUGCCAGUUUACACAAGAGAACAUCACUUGGAUGGUCAGUUGUGACUGUCACGCUAAGGGCAGCUGUAAACUGGAAUAAUAAUGCACUCGCAACCAGGUAAACUUAGAUACGCUAGUUUGUUUAAAAUAUAGAUUUACUGUACAUGACUUGUAAUAUACUACACUUUGUAUUUGUAAAGAGAUGGUCUAUAUUUUGUAAUUAUCGUACCGUAUUUGAACUGCAGCAAUAUCCCUGGGUCCUAACAAUUGUAGUUUCCCACCCAAAUCUAGAAAUGAUUGGUAUUUUUACUUGGGCUAUACAGAAGUAGAAGAAAUAGAGCCAAUUCUCACUUCUUUAGUGAAAAUUCUCGGGGGGGUGGGGGGGGGGACAAGGGGGUAAAAUUUUGAGUUCAACAGAACUUAACACACACUACAGAAAUUUUUCUAAAAUAUUUUGAGUCACUAUAAACCUAUCUUUACAUAAGAUAUAUAAGAUGACUAUUUUCAGUCUUUUCAUUGGACGAAAGUUCUAUGAUUUUUUUAUAUUGUACCUUCUUGUUCACUAAGGGUUGCAACUGUUCUGGGUUUGCUUUUACUUUAAAAGUUACCGAGUAGGUCCAGCUGCCUACUCUUUACCCCAAGCAUCUUAUUGUCACAGUCUGGUUUUCUCAGUUGUCCACACAGGCUGUUUCUGCAUCUGUUGUGAAAAUAAUCAUGUAGGUAAAUGAAGCAUGUUCGUGCUCAUCCCCCAGGGACUGGCAGUGUUGCUUGUCCUAAGAACGAAAUGAUGUUGGGAUGGGGUGGAGGGAGCAUCAUGGUGACCCAUAAAGUUAGAAUGUCAGGGUCUGUCCACAUCAUUCUGUUGCCUUUUACGAAACAUUGCUGUGCUAUGUGUCCCCUAUGAUAGCUGUUAUAUGCAAUUGAAUGAGGGCUGAAGUUUUUAGAAGAGUACAGUUACUCCAACUGUGUGCUUCCCAUUUGGGGCUCAUUAAGAUUGUCAAGGUUUUCUUUCCUGCUAUCAGAAUCGUACUGAUGUCAUCAAGUUACCACACAGGGAUUCCCUGCAAUGAAAAAAGACAGGUAAUGACUUGGGUUCAAAUUUUUUUUACUACAUAGACAACCUGUCAGCUUUUUUUUUUUUGUAAAUAAUACUUUGUUAUGAAGACCUCACAGACCUCUUCGUAAGACAUUCUUACUCAGAUCCAGGCAAAAAUACUUCAAGGUUUGUAAAUGACUAUUUCCUGACAUAAAGCCUUUUUUAAAAAAAUUAAAACGUUCUUCAGAAUAAAAGUGUGUAAUAAUUUCCUUGUAUUCAGGAGCUCUCCUCGCAGAGUUGGCUUUGCCAGGGAGAGCUUCCAGGGGGCAGGUGUUCUUGGGGCAGCUCUGUAAUCAGGUAGCUUUUUUGUUCUCCAGCUCCUUCACGGUAACUUAAUUCAGCUGCAGAGAGCACUGCUUCUCCUAAAGGGCUAAUCCACCAUCAACAUUACCUUGGACUGUGUGGCUUAACAUCAUCAGGCCAAACCCACCAGCCCACACUGUGUGUUCUGGGAUAGGCACUGAGCUUUUCUAAAGUCAUUCCUGAAUCACUGGUGGGUUUACAGGCUGUGCCACUUCUGGGUAUCUGUCUGCUUUAAGUCUAAUUCAACUUCUCACCUUACAUUAAAUGUCUCUUUGUAAGAAAAAUUUGGAGUUGUAGAGCAUGAUUUGUUCCCCUUGCUUUAGGAAGAGGUUUUAAAACUGACUUUCUCUAUUUUGCUUUUCCCUCCCUACACUCCCCAAAUGAUUGUGUCCACAGAAAUAGUAUAUUUGGUUUAAUCUUGUGUUUAUAAUAUACCUUGAGGUAGAAAGGGCUACUAUGAGUUAACUGCCAGUCAACAGUGAGAACCUCAUUAGGAAUCAUUUCUGUUCAAUGUGCGGUCAGUUUCCAUUCAGAUAGCUGGACCUUGCUUAGCCAGGGUCUCCUUUCCUGUUGCAUUACAGAGUAUGCUGCAGGCUGGGAUGAGCAGGUCUCAAGGUUAUGGUGGUCCUGCUCUUAAAAGAAG